UUCCUUUUGAUUUCGUCUUCUUCUCUACAAAACCACAUGGUUUUUCUCACUUCUUAUUAUUGUCUCUCUGUCUGUCUCAAGAAACAUUUCAAUUUUCUGUUUUUUUGAUAACUAAUGGUAGGAAGAGAAGGGCUGAAAACGGCUGACGAACUAAACAUUUGUUUUGAGAAGAUGAUGAUGUUUGCCGGCGGCGGAGGAUUAGUUGGUCGGGGGAGUAUUACCGGCGGUGGUGUGAUUACUGAAUGGAAAGAUAUCCCAGUGGAGCUUUUGCUGCGUAUCGUUCUUCUUGUUGAUGAUCGGACGGUGAUUGUUACUUCUGGUGUUUGUAGGGGAUGGAGAGAUGCAAUUUUCUGGGGACUUUCUCAUCUCUCCCUUUCCUGGUGUAAGGAAAACAUGAACAACUUGGUUUUAUCUCUGGCUCCAAAAUUCACAAACUUGCAGACCCUAAUUCUGCGACAAGAUAAACCACAGCUUCAAGAUAAUGCAGUUGAGAUGAUCUCAAAAUACUGCCAUGACCUGCGUUAUCUUGACCUAAGCAAAAGCUUUAAGCUUACUGACUGUUCACUCUAUGCUUUGGCCCAUGGUUGCCCAAAUCUUGUCAAACUUAAUAUCAGCGGUUGUUCAUCUUUGAGCGAUUCGGCUCUUGAAUAUUUAGCCCAGUUUUGCGUAAAACUUAAAUACUUGAAUCUUUGUGGGUGUGUGAAAGCUGCAUCUGAUAAGGCACUCAAGGCUAUUGGAUAUUAUUGCAAAGAAUUGCAAUAUGUGAAUCUCGGAUGGUGUGAGAAGGUUGGCGAUGCUGGUGUCACAAGCUUAGCUUAUGGCUGUCCUGAUUUAAGAGCUCUGGAUUUGUGUGGCUGUGUUCUCAUAACAGAUAUAAGUGUGAUCGCAUUGGCAAACAAUUGCCCUCAUCUGAGAUCACUGGGUCUGUAUUACUGUCAAUACAUAACAGACCGAGCCAUGUACUCUCUGGCUCAUAGCCGAGUGAAGAACAGGCAUGAGGUGUGGGAGCCCGUAAAGAAGAGGUACGAGGAAGAAGGGCUGAGGAAUUUGAACAUUAGCCAAUGCACGGCUCUUACACCCCCUGCUGUUCAGGCAGUAUGCGACUCUUUCCCAGCUUUGCAUACAUGCCCGGGCAGGCAUUCUCUCAUAAUAAGCGGCUGCCUCAACUUGACCUCAGUCCACUGUGUCUGCGCAGUUCAAGCACAUCGUGCAACUGCUGCCUACUUUGCUCAUUAAAACCGAGUUUGUAAUUUGCAAUAAAUAUGAUUCUUCUUCCCAUGUUUAAACUUUUUUCUGCUGCUGAGAAGGAAAAAAGAGGGAACUGCUAGUCUCUAUGCUUGUGUGAAGUGUGUAUAUAGUAAUGUAUGUGGUGGUGUCAAAUGUGUAGAAAAUAAAUAAUGCAUGUCCACAAACAAUUGCAUCAAAUCCCACAUAUUAUUAGGAUGAUAAUGCAAGUCUCUUUGGGCUUAUUCAA